GCCCCCUGCGUUUCGGGCCCGCGGCUCGUGUUCGGCUUGCAGUGACAGUUGCUUGGUUAAAUAAGGUAUCCUAAGGAUAACAUUCUCUAAUCUCCAAAAUGGCAGCUGUUGCAGUGCUAGAGGAGGUACUGGUUUCCAUUGAAAGUGAGCUGCAGGCAGUGGAGAUGCAGAUUCAGGAGCUUGUGGAUAAACAGCAGGAACUCAUUCAAAAGAAGAUGAGGGUAAAAAGUCUGAUAAAGCAGUCCUCAGGAGACUCGGAGGCAGGCGGAAGUAAAGACACCGAAACCUCAGCCGAGGCAUGGAACAAACAAGAUUUUCCAUGGUAUGAGAAGAUAAAAACUGCACUGCAGGGCAAGUUUAAACUCCAGAAGUUUAGGUCCUUGCAACUUGAAACAGUAAAUGCUGCAAUGGCGGGAAAGGAUAUAUUUCUUGUCAUGCCUACAGGUGGUGGAAAGAGCCUUUGCUAUCAGUUACCAGCUGUCUGUUCUGAUGGUUUCACACUCGUGAUAUGUCCUUUGAUAUCACUUAUGGAAGAUCAGCUCAUGGUUUUGGAACAGCUUGGUAUUUCUGCAACUUUAUUAAAUGCCUCAAGCAGUAAGGAACAUGUGAAGUGGGUUCAUACCGAAAUGCUAGACAGAAAUUCGCAACUGAAGCUCAUUUAUGUGACCCCGGAGAAGAUUGCAAAAAGCAAAAUGUUCAUGUCAAAGCUAGAGAAAGCUUAUCAAGCAGGGUGUCUUGCUCGCAUUGCUGUGGAUGAGGUCCAUUGCUGUAGUCAAUGGGGCCAUGACUUCAGGCCUGACUAUAAGUCUCUUGGUAUCUUGAAAAGACAGUUUCCCAAUGCUCCCUUGAUUGGAUUGACAGCAACUGCUACAAAUCAUGUUUUAAAGGAUGCUCAGAAAAUUUUGCAUGUUCAGAAGUGCAUUACCUUUACUGCAUCUUUCAACCGGCCCAAUCUUUACUAUGAGGUUCGACAUAAGCCUUCAAAUAAUGAAGAUUUCAUUGAGGACAUAGUUAAGAUCAUUAAUGGAAGAUACAAAGGACUCUCAGGAAUUGUUUACUGUUUUUCUCAGAAGGAUUCUGAGCAAGUUACCGUGAGUUUGCAGAAACUGGGAAUCAAGGCAGGGACUUACCAUGCAAACAUGGAUGCUAAAUAUAAGACCAAAGUUCAUAAAGGAUGGGCAGCAAAUCAAAUCCAGAUUGUAGUGGCGACUGUUGCUUUUGGCAUGGGAAUUGAUAAACCUGAUGUGAGGUUUGUAAUUCAUCAUUCUAUGAGCAAAUCCAUGGAGAACUACUACCAGGAGAGUGGACGUGCAGGUAGAGAUGACCAAAAAGCUGACUGCAUUUUGUAUUAUGGUUUUGGAGAUAUCUUCAGAAUCAGCUCAAUGGUAGUGAUGGAAAAUGUAGGGCAAGAGAAGCUGUAUGAUAUGGUGUCUUACUGCCAGAAUAUGAACAAAUGUCGCCGGGUCCUCAUAGCCCAUCAUUUUGAUGAAGUAUGGGAUUCUGCAAACUGCAACAGAAUGUGUGAUAACUGCUGUAGAGAGAACUCGUGUGAGAAAAUGGAUAUAACAGGAUACUGCAGGGAUCUAAUCAAGAUACUUGAGCAAGCUGAAAACAUGAGUGAGAAACUCACCCCACUGAAAUUAAUCGAUGCGUGGUCUGGGAAAGGUGUAUCAAAAUUGAGGGUGGCUGAAGUUACUCCACCAAAGCACCCUCGAGAGGAACUGGAGAGAAUUAUUGCCCAUUUACUGCUGCAGCAGUAUCUGAAGGAAGAUUUCAGCUUCACAGCAUUCGCUACAAUAUCCUACCUGAAGAUAGGACCAAAAGCAGGUCUGCUGAAAAACGAGGCACACGUCAUAACUAUAGAAGGGAUAACAAACCAGAACAGUGUUUACAAGGACAAACCAUCUCAAUCCUGGAAUUCAAAAGGAAGCAGAGAAAAUGCUCAAACUACUUCAAAGACUGUCCAAGAUUCAGUGGUGAAGAAGUCACUGGAACGUAAACGGCCUAACUGUGGUUCUACCUUAAAAGCAAAGAAGCUUAAGCUUCAGGCAGGUGGAGAUGACCAACUAGUAGUUCUUGACUGAGUUUCACAGACUACAUUUAGGAUCUAAUCAUGUUUGCUUCUCCAUGGACAAUGCAGUAUGUAAGUUCAGUUUGUGUUUUAGUAAUGGUAUUUUUUGUGCAUUUUUUUUAAAUAAAAAACAAACUGGGAAACAAGUAUCUUUAAAACCCUCAAAUCUAGAAAAAGCCUAGUAGUCAAGGGAAAAAUGCUUCAUGUCAAAAUAAUGGAGUGUAUCUUAUGAUGCAGUAAUGAUGACAAAAUGUAAAUAGUUACCGUGUUGCCUUUUUAACUCUUUUGGAAGUGUAGUGUACAGUAACACUAUUGCAGAAUCUUGCAGGCUGGAAGGGACUUCCAGAGAUCAUCUAGUCCAGCCUCCUGCUCAGAGUAGGUCCAGUUGGAAGAGGGUGCUCAGGGCUGUGUCCAGUUAAGUUUUGACCGUCCUCAAGGAUGGAGAUUCCACAACCCCUCUCAGCACCUGUUCCAGUGUUUGACCACCUUCAUGACUAAAAAAAGAAAAAAGGACAUUUCUUAGCGCUAAUUGCUAUUUCCUGUGUUGCAGCUUGUCUGUUGCCUCUUGUCCUACCACUGUGCUCUUCUGAGAAGAGUCUGGCCCCAUUGCUGCUAUGGUCUUCCAUUAGGUAGUUGAAGACAACACCAAGAUCACAACAAUCACUCCCCCUCCCUCCCGGCUGUCUUCUUUUUUAAUCUGGAAGAAAUCUAGUUUUCUGUUUCUCCUCUCUGAGCCCCUGCUUCUCCUCUCUGAGCACCUAGGCAGCUUGGUAGCCCUCUGCUAGACUCAAUCCAGUGUAUCAGUAUGUUUCUUUUACUGGGAAGUGCAGAACUUAACCCAGCACUCUAGCUGUAAUCUCACAAGUGCUGAAUACCCAGAAAGAGUCUUUCCCCCAAAUUGCUGGUUACGUUCUUGCUAAUAUAGUCUACUAUGCAGUUGUCUGUGCUGCGGAGGCACACUGCUGAUUCAUGUUCAGCUUGUUAUCUACCGGAACCUGGGUCCUUUUCUGCAAAGCUACUUUCUAACUAGUCCCACCCCAGCCUGUACUGUUGCAUGGUGUUACUCCAUUCCAGGUGCAGGACUUUGCUUUUACCUUAGAGGUCCUCCUCAGCCCAUGUAUCCAGCCUGUCUAGGUCCUUCUGAAUAGCAGCCGUGCCCUCCAGUGUAUCAACAGCGCUCCCAACCUUGGUAUCAUCUGCAGACUGGCUGGAGCACACUUCGUCCCUGUAGCUAGAUUGUUAGUGAAGACUCUAAAUUGUAUUGGCCCCAGUAUUGAUCUGUGAGUGCUGCUACUAGUAAAUGGCCACCAGUUGGACUUUGUACCACAGAUCCCAACUCUUUGAACCAGGUGGUCCAGACAACUUUCUACCUACCUUGUUGUAUGUUUAUCCAGUCUAUAUCUCACUGAUAUUUUUAGCUGUAAGGAAAUUAUAGGAGAUCAUGUCAAAAGCCUUGCUAAAGUCAAGCUAUACAACACCCAUUGCUACCCCCUUAGUCACACCGGCAGUUAUCUCAGUCGGUCUGGUUGAUCAGGUAUGCUUUGCUUCUGGUAGAUCUAGCUGGCUGUUCCCAAUCACCUCCAUGUGUCUGAAAAUGUCUUCUGGGAGUAUAUGCUCCUUAAGUUUUCUGGGGGCUGAGGUGUAGCUGACUGGCAUGUAACCCCUUAGACCCUCCUUUUUGAAGACUGAUGAGAUAUUUGCCUUUUCCCGGUCGUCAGGAACCUCCCCCAGUCUCUGAGUCCUUUCUGAAAUGACAGCAGUCUUGCACUGACCUCCACUAGCUUCCUCAGCAUCCCUCAGUGCAGCCCAACCAGUCCUGUGGAUUUCUGUAUGGCCAAUUGGCUUAAGUGAUCUGUAACUCCACCUUCCUCUACUGCUUUACUCCCACGGACUGUUAGUAGGCUUGGGGACGUGGGAGUUCUGAGGGAAAACCUUACCAAUGAAAAUGAGGUAAAAAAAGCAAGUGCCUCAGUCUUUUCCAUGUCCUGUGUCACUAGUUUCCCUACCCCUCUGAGCAGUGUGACCAUACUUUCCUUACCCUUCCUUUUGCUGCUAAGGUACUUACUUACAGAAGCUCUUCUUACUGCUUUUC